AUGACGCUGCCCACCAGCGAAACACCAAUCAAACUUGUGCUGACGAACAGCAACCGGCACAAAAGCACCGAGGAGGCUUUGCAAUUCUUCUGCGAAGAGGAGGAGACACACCAGGAGAGAGGCAUUUCCCAGGGGAGCCACGCUGACUACCCCCCCACAGAUGACGCGAAUGGCAUAGCGGAAGAACUCCUGGGUGAACUCCUCUACAUAGGGGUCAUCAUCAAGCAUGCCAAUAAAUUACACUCCAAAGAAAGCAUUAAAAAUUGGUUAAAGCGAAGUGCAAACUAUCACGUCCGUGUGGACAUCGUAUUCGUGAGUGACAAUGGGGUGGAAGCAUCCGCACUGGCAUAUAAAUUCCAUUUGCAGGAGGAAAACUAUUUCGAUGGUGAACAGAGGAGAGUGCACAGGAGGGUGCUGGCCAGGAGAAGGGGGUCUCCUCACAACGGGGGGGACCCCUCAGAUGGGGUAGAAAAAAAUCAGGAGAAAAAUGCACCAACCAGUGGGACACCCCCAGGGGAGAUUGCAUGGCAGGUGGACCAAGAGAGAGUUCUCUUCCCAUUGGAUAGUCACAAACAGGCAUGCGAUGAGAUGGAAGAUUCUCUCCUUGCAACGGAGCAAUACCAAGUGGAGGGGGUCAUUUAUUUUCUGGAGCUCCCACUUACCAUUUCGCAAAGGUACCUCAACGAGAAGCUACUGGUGAAGGUCCAGCUGAGCGAAAGCUCCAAGGCUGACACGUGGAAGAGUGGGAACUGCUUCCUCAACGAUAAACAGGUGAAUGACUUGAGGAGGAUUUUCACCUACCCGUCGCUGCUGCUGAGCAAUGUGCGCUGGUCGUCGACCUUUACGUCUGGAAUGGCGCUCGAAGGGGGAAAGAAGAGGAAAAAAAAAAGGAACACUGAGGGGAGUGGCGCGGUUGGCGGCGGUGACGACGAUGAUGACGAUGAUAACGAUAGCGACGAUGGCGACGAUGAUGACGAUGACCAAGAUGGUGACCGUGGCGACCAGGGCGACCCCUUCCCGCACAGCGGAGAGGACGUGCGCAGCUUCCCGCCGAGCGUCGACAUGCACAGCAUAUGCAGAGGCAUAAACAAGCUGGAGGAGCACGUGCACAGCGCGAGCUACGCAAACAGAGGCUUCAAAAAAAUUAGCCUCACCAAGCCAAUCGUCGUCACCAAGCCGCUCAACAUCAAGUGCACCAUAAUGGAGCCCUACCUCCACCUCGAAAUUGAAAAUGUGACGAAACAGAACAGCGUGCAUAUUCAUGAGCUCUUCUCUAGAUCGGUGCACAUUGACAGUAGGGACCCCUUUCCCUUUUCUCUCCUCCCGGAAGAGACCUACAGUCUUUACCUUCCCAUUGUAAGCUUCGCACAGGAACUCUCGCAGAGGAGUUCCCAAGACAGGGAGAGGAUGAGGGGCUCCCAGCGUAGCUCUAUCUACUCUGCUGAUGUGAGCUCUGGCCUACAGAACACUCUCCACGGCAUCGAUGCAGGUGCUUCACUGUAUAACCCCUUCUUCCUCGGAGCCGAAGGAGGGGCCCCUCACCAGAUGGGCAAACGCCGCAGCAGUGACGCGCACCAGCGGGCAAGCCAACUUGCAGACGUGACGAAGAGGUUAAAAAAUAGAAAUCAAAUUUCGUGCGUCCCAUUUGAAGAUAAGAACAAACGGUUGUCCUUCCACUGCCAAAGCGACAAAAGCAUCAUCACCCUGUCGGUCAAAUGGAGCAUCGACGAUACGCCGGAUAACUGCAUAUGGUCCCAGUACUGCAUGGAGGUGGAGAUGCCAACACCGCACAGCUUCAGCCUGGAAGUUUCCUUCGUAAAGGAAAUCAAUUCUUCCUCCGUCCUUAUGGCCGUCUUUUCAUUUUAUAACUCCCACCACGAGGAUAUAGACAUCCUCAUCGAGAUGCAAGACGAGAGUGCUACCCUGAACAACGACGUCCACUCUUCGCUCAUUUCCUUUAGCUCGCUAAUCCACGUGGGAGUCAUCAAACCAUUUCAGCGCAGGUCCGUCAGCGUCCGAAUGCUCGCCAUCAUGUUCGGCGUGCACAACGUCCCCUUCGUCAAAAUUGUCAAUCGCCUGAACGACGCUGCGUUUUACGUCGACUUGGGGUCCAUCCUCGUCACGGAGUAG